AGGAUCCCUCUUCUGCGAUCUCCCCGCCCCCGUCGUCCUCCGGCGGCUCCACCUCCAGCAGCAAUCCGGAGGACUGUCCGGCUCUCAGCGACCUGAUUCAAGCUGCCUGUGGUAUGUUGCCAUGGCAGAGGAAGAUCCUGCUGUGUUCACCUCUGGCACUUUGCCCUCUGACCCCCGUCUCCUUGCCACGGUGACCAACGCCUACCUGGGCACUCGUGUCUACAGGGACAUCUUGCAUGUAAACGGGGUGUAUAAUGGAGCAGUUGGGGACUGUCAUCGUGCUGAUGUUCCCAGCCCUAUUAAUGUCAAAAUGAGUGUGGCUGCUGAGGACAGCCUGACCGAGACUUUCUCAUUAGACACCAGGACAGGGACCUAUAUCCACACAAUCCAGGCUCCAGGUUAUACAGCCAUUCACAGGAUCUAUGCCCACCAAUCCCUUGUUCACCUUCUGGCCUUCAGCAUAACCAUCCAGAGGUCAACGCUUGAAGGCGAACCCAUUAUUGUGAAUCUACAGACCCAAUUCACACCUGAGAGUCCAGACCUGGACUUGCACAGAGGGGCAGAUUUCCAGGGAGCUCACUACAUCUAUGGAAAGACUUUGGUCCCUGAGGUGGAGAGUGGUCCUCAGCCUACUGUACACAUGAUCUGGACCCCAGUGCUACAAGCAGUGACCCUCCCUGAGGAGGAGAAGGAAAAAACCUGGGAGUUCCUCACAGCCGUGGCAGAGAGUGAAGAGGACGUGAAAAGGAGCUUUAGUGAAGGAAUGUCACUGAUUGUCUCUCGUUCUUUGUAUGUGUCUCAUGUCCAGGCAUGGACAGCCCUCUGGAAAGGAUGCUGUGUGGAAGUUGAGGGACCUCUUUCACUGAGCCAGGCUGUUUAUGGAUGCCUCUAUUACCUGCUGAGUGCAAUUCCUCCCCUGGGAUCUUCUGACUUCCCAUUCUCCGGAAUUAGCCCUGGAGGCCUUUCUAAUGGCACCUCGGGUGAAGAUUACUGGGGCCAUGUCUUCUGGGACCAGGAUACCUGGAUGUACCCAAACAUCUUGCUUUUCUAUCCGGAAGCAGCUUGUGCUAUCCUGAAAUACCGGAUUCGAACGCUAGGAGGAGCUCUGUGCAACGCACAGGAGCAAGGAUACAAGGGUGCAAAGUUCCCCUGGGAGAGUGCAGCAACAGGCCGAGAGGUCUGCCCUGAGGAGGUUUAUGGAAACGAGGAAAUCCACAUCAAUGGAGAUGUUUUGCUAGCAUUUGAGCAGUAUUACUACUUCACUCAGGACCUGGAGCUCUUCCAUCAGGCAGGAGGCUGGGAGGUGGUCCAUGCUGUGGCUCAGUACUGGUGCAGCCGGGUGGUGUGGAACCCAGAAGACCAGAGCUACCACAUCCCUGGUGUCCUGCCCCCUGAUGAAUAUCACUGUGCUGUAGAUAACUCUGUUUAUACCAAUGUCAUUGCCCAGAGGAGCUUGAAUUUUGCAGUUGACUUGGGGUCUCAGUUGCAUAUUCCAAUGCCUGAAGAGUGGGAGGAAGUUCGGAAGAAAAUUAAAGUGCCUUUUGAUAAAAGCAGGAAUUACCACCCAGAGUAUGAUGGGUACUGUCCAGGUGAGCAAGUGAAACAGGCUGAUGUUGUCCUGCUUGGAUUCCCUGUCAUGUAUCCCAUGGACCCAGAAGUCAGAAGGAAUGACCUGGAGAUGUAUGAGCCAGUGACUGACCCUCAGGGGCCAGCCAUGACCUGGAGCAUGUUUGCUAUUGGCUGGUUGGAGCUGAAGGAGACCGUAAGAGCCCAGCAGCAGCUGAGCAAAUGUUUCAGCAACAUCACUGAGCCAUUCAAGAUCUGGGUGGAGAACCCUGAUGGAUCAGGAGCUGUGAACUUCCUUACAGGGAUGAGUGGAUUUCUGCAGGCUAUCGUUUAUGGAUACACUGGAUUCAGGACAGAGUAUCUCCUUCCCUGCAGCCGCUGGCUGGAUCCAGAAGGUUGAGACAAUUUAAAGCCAGCUUGUUUUGAUUCUAUGACAAGUAUGAAAAAACUACCAGGCCUUUGCAAGCGUAGCAGCCAGCCAGUAGUAUCUUAGAGGCUUUGUGGUUCAUGUUAGCAUGCAGCAAUACUAAAGAGCCUGAAUCUUGAGUUCUUGACUGCAUUCAUUGUGUAUAUAACCAACCUGCUGAAGUGGGAGCUGAAACUCCCACCCACCCACCACCACUGACUACCUUAGAGAUGUAGCUUCCUUCCUGGACAGAAAGGUUCUGCAAUGGAGAGAAAAGGAAAAGAGCUUAUUUUUCAUUCUUUUUUGUGGAGGGAGGGGCGAGCAGCUAGUCGGAAGAAAUCCCCCAAACUUUCCUGUUAAUUUGAUUAUUGUACAUUGUGAUUAGCAUUGGGGGAGGGAAGGGGGAGUGUAAACCACUUACCGGUAUAUUCCCCCCCCCUAUAAUUUUUAUUAAAUUUU